GGCAAUUUUAGGGUUAUUUUUAAUUUUUAGGGCAUUACAGUUGGUUUAAUUAUAAGUUACUUUGUCUUGAGAAAAAUAAAUAUAUUUAGGAAUAGCGCUAUUUCAUUUUUUUUUCUAAACAAGAUGUGGAUUUUAAAACUGGAUACAUAUUUAUAGCGGCAAAGUGGCGGGUUGUGAGCACGGAGCUAGCGGCGCAGCCUCCGGGGGUGGGCGGACUGCCGACACCAUACGCCGCGUGAAGGUGAAGAUGUCAUCGGUGUCAGCACAGGGCGUCGUUGAGCGCGCCUCCGCAGAACUGUCGCGGCGUAUCACCGGCCUCGGACUUCGCGGCAGGAAGAGAUCACCUGGCGUCGUGGAACGAGUUGCAAACGCACUAUGCGGCCCUGCCACCUCCGCUCCCAGAAUACCGCGCAGACGCCGACCCGCACCCCGGCCGCUCAUCUGGAGUCAGUUUAUUUUAGAAGAAAGAUUUCUAGAAAAAUUUUUCCUUUACUUUAACUCUAAUGAUAGGAGAACGCUUGCUCAAGUUUGCACUAAAUGGAGAGAUAUACUGUAUUCCUCUACCCGCUGGUGGACCGGUCUUGUGGCAGUUGUAGAUUUGCGUGAAAGUAGAUCUGAAUCAGAAUGUUGCAUGCAAAGAUUUUAUAAUUCAAUUGUGAGAAGAGGUAUUCGAGGUUUGGUUCUCAUAGCAGCUUCAGAUGAUGAUAUCAAUGAAUUCAUUAGAAUAUUUCCACUAUCAUCUAACCAUGUUAAUGCUUUGAGCUUGAAGGGCUGCACAGUAACAGACAGGGGCUUGGAAUCAGUUCUGGAUCAUUUAGAGGUUCUUUUUGAACUAGAACUAACUGGCUGUAAUGAAAUAACUGAGGCUGGUAUAUGGGCAUGUUUAACACCAAGGAUUGUUUCACUCACACUUACUGAUUGCAUUAACAUUGCUGAUGAAGCUGUUGGAGCUGUGGCACAACUUCUACCAUCUCUGUAUGAAUUUUCGCUGCAAGCGUAUCACGUCACAGAUGCAGCACUGGGUUACUUCUCACAAAAGCAAAGUGCAUCGCUAAGUAUAUUGCGCUUACAUAGUUGUUGGGAACUCACCAACCAUGGAGUUGUUAAUAUAGUGCACUCGCUACCUAACCUCACUGUGCUAUCACUGAGUGGCUGCAGCAAAGUUACUGAUGAAGGAGUGGAACUAGUUGCGGAGAACUUGCCUCGUCUCCGCAGUCUCGACCUGAGUUGGUGUCCGCGGGUAACCGAUAAUGCCUUGGAGUACAUUGCCUGUGAUCUUAAUCAGCUUGAAGAGUUAACACUGGAUAGAUGCGUGCACAUAACGGACAUCGGGGUGGGCUACGUGAGCACGAUGCAGUCGCUGGUCGCGCUGUGGCUGCGCUGGUGCUCGCAGCUGCGCGACUUCGGCGUGCAGCACCUGUGCGGCAUGCGCGCGCUGCAGCUGCUCUCGCUGGCCGGGUGUCCGUUGCUGACCUCUGCUGGGCUGUCGAGUCUGAUCCAGCUGCGCCAGUUGCGCGAACUGGAGCUCACAAACUGCCCGGGCGCUUCGCCCGAACUAUUCGACUACUUGCAUGAACAUCUGCCGCGAUGCGUCAUCAUCGAGUAACACACUAUCCGCUUGUGGCAACGUGUGGAAAACGUAGCGAAAAUUAGACGGCAAAAUUUCGCACCCAAAAACUCAGUUAUGACACGGCGAAAGUGAAACAAACAAAAAUGAUGGAUAAAUGGACUAAACAAUUGCAGAGUUCGGUUCGCGAAAUCCCGCCCGAAAUUUUCUAGAUAUCCCUUAGCCGACUCAGCCAGAAGUGCAAUUUGUAUUCAAUAUAUUGAUUACAAUACCAGAUAUACACUUUAUGCUAAAAUGUUAUAGUCAAUUCAUAGAGUUUGUGCAAUAUGCCUGUAAUUAUAUUCAAUUAAAAGACUUAACAGAAUCUCGAAUGAUAUAAUGACUAUUUUCGAUAUUAUAUUUUAUAAGCUUCGUUAUAUUAUUACGCUGUGCUGAUGAUGAUUUGUAAUAAAAAUAAAUAUGCGCACCUCGAAAGUAUUAUUAAAGUAAUGGGCCAAUUUUGGUUACGACGCUAACUACCUUUGUAAAUUGUCAGAUUAGCUUUUUUAGUAUACUUAAUUUUUAAUAAAAACCCUUAUAAAAUUUGAAAGUACAUAUUCCUCUUUACUGCAAUAUUUAUUAAACACUUCAUAAAUUCUCUACAAAUUGACUUUUACAAAAAUAGCUGUUUGCUCAAGUAUUAUUUGAAAUUAUUAAUGCUCUAUAUUAUAUGAAUGAUAUUGAAUUCCCUGAUUUUUGUAUUUUCAAAUGAUAUUUUUCAAGCAGAUAUAAUACGCAUUCGAUGCUCCUGAAUUUGUAUACUACUAAUGGAGUAUAUUAAAAAAGAUUCAAAUAAAUCUUAAUAUAAUGUUAAUAAAUUAUAAAUGCCUUACCCUACUCUCUAAAAAAUAUGUUUGGUUAGUGAAAUAUUGAACUAUAACGUCUAUUCUAUUUCAGAUGUAUAGAAAAUAGUUUCGACGCCUUAUUAUUAACAUCUAUUAAGCUUCAAAAAAAAAAUUGAAUCAAAGUCUAGUCAAUGCAUUUUUAAUAUAAGUUUGUAUCAUGUAGAUUUAGAAAAUAAACAGAUUUACACAAAAUUAAUAUAUAUUUAGGUCAAUAUUUUUUAACAUUAUAUUUCAUUGGAAAUAAUUGAUUUCUUGUGUAUUUACACAGAUAAUAUUGGUAUUUGUUUUAUAUGAUUUUAUUAUCUUUAUUUUUACAAUUUUAUUACUAUACCGUCCGAAUCUUAUGUACAAGUGUGUGUGUGUGUUUGUGUGUGUGAAUUACACGUAAAGAGAAUAAAAAUGUAAAAUUACCAUAAUG